UGCCCGCCGCCGCCGACCGCACCCAACACCUCCAUGCGCGGGCUCGCGCUCGUGCCUCCUCGCCGCCCCGCGCCGCCGACGGACGAGCGUGCCGCCAUGCCCUCUCUCCUUAUUCCCUCCCCUUUGUCCGGUUCUAUUUCUCACCUCCCUCUUUCUCUUUUACAGGAGGCGGAAGCCAUGGCCGCCGGACCGCCGCCCCGCGUCGGCCGGCCAUCGGAGCGCCGCUGCCGGACCAACGCGCCGCCCUUCCCUCCUCUCCUUCUCCCCCUCCCUCCGGUUCUAUCUCUCACCUCCCUCUCUCUCUCCUUUGCAGGAAGCCACGGCCGCCGGACCUCCAUGCCUCCGCGAGCUCGCGGCCGGCCUAUGACCUCUACGCUGCCUCCAGUCCUCUCCGGACACCUCCUUGUAUUCUUCUCAUUCUCCGACGCUGCCAAGUUCGCCCGAGGAAGAAGCGCCGAGUUUGCCGGAGGAACAAGAACAUCCGUCCAAUGUCGCCUGAGCUACACCAGAGGUUGCAGCUCGAUCUGGGACUUGCAGCAGGAAAGCAAGCCACGAUUUCUUCUUAGGGAAGUAAGUUGUAUCCUUGCCGAAAUGUACAUCUCGAUUCCAGUUUUAUUGGACUAUUCAAGUGUCAACUCUUCGCAUGGAUAUAUUCAUAUUUGAUC